GCGUGGAUUUCCCGGAUGGAGCUGCGGCGCCAUCUUCACGCCUCUGCUCACCGGCGAGUCUUCGGCUCAGCGGAGCGACAGAGCUGUUGCUGAUCCACCGCCAGGACUCUCCGAGCAGCCCGAUUAUCGUCCCCUAUUUCCCCACCGGGACGCUGAACGCAGCCCUCCCCGCUACCGGAGCACCAUGGCGGACAGAGAGAACCUGGUGUACCAAGCCAAACUGGCCGAGCAAGCGGAGAGAUACGAUGAAAUGGUGGAGUCGAUGAAGAAGGUGGCCAGCAUGGACGUGGAGCUGACGGUGGAGGAGAGGAACCUUCUGUCCGUCGCCUACAAGAACGUGAUCGGCGCGCGGCGAGCGUCCUGGAGGAUCAUCAGCAGCCUGGAGCAGAAGGAGGAGAACAAGGGCGGCGAGGACAAGCUGAAGAUGAUCCGGGAAUACCGGAAAACGGUGGAGAAAGAGCUGAAAUCAAUCUGCAACGACAUCCUGGACGUUCUGGACAAACACCUCAUCUUAGCAGCAACCACCGGAGAAUCCAAGGUUUUCUACUACAAAAUGAAGGGAGACUACCACCGGUACCUGGCGGAGUUCGCCACGGGCAACGACAGGAAGGAGGCGGCGGAGAACAGCCUGGUGGCGUACAAGGCGGCCAGUGACAUCGCCAUGAUCGAACUUCCUCCAACGCACCCCAUCCGCCUCGGCCUGGCACUCAACUUCUCUGUUUUCUACUAUGAAAUCCUGAACUCGCCGGACCGGGCCUGCAGGUUGGCGAAGGAAGCGUUCGACAACGCCAUCGCGGAGCUGGACACGCUGAGCGAGGAAAGCUACAAAGACUCCACACUUAUCAUGCAGUUGCUACGGGACAACUUGACGCUAUGGACCUCAGACGUUCAGGGAGACGACUGUUGAGGAGCCUCCUCUUCCUCCCCUCCUCUCCGUUAGAACAGUGUGUUUAGCGAAGAACAGAACAAAGAAGCGCCGCAAGACGCGGAGGAAGAAGCCCAGUGAGACUGAACAACUCAAGACAAACCCUCCUCUUCCUCUUCUCUCUCCAUUUUUUCUUUCUCGUCCCAGAACCAGCUCUGGUUCCGGCCGGGUUCAGCCCACCAUCUUCCUCUUACCCUGACAUGCACGUCUCCUGUCUGUCCCCUGAGGGUCCUCCCCGGCCACUAGGGGGUGUCCUACCCUUCUUCUCUCUCCGUUAAUCAUCCUCUGCGACUUUUUUCUAUUUUUAUUUCGCUUUCUUUGCUGCAUCAUCUGUUGCCAAGUCCGCUCGCCUGUAUUUGUACCACAUCUGCAAGGCUUUAUUUAAAGAUGAAACUCGUUUUUGUUCCUGUGUGUGUUCAUGAUGCGCGUCGUCUCCAUGCUGUCGGUUUGAAACUCUUCAGUCCUCAUGAUUAGAGACUCCAGCUGAGUCUUCAGGGUUCCCUCAUCUCAUCCUGUCUCUUCCUCCUCUUCUUCCUCCUCCUGUUGGGUAUGUGUAACGUGAAUCUGAUUUGUACUACUGGAUAUUCUCACCGGAGCCACAAGUACCAUCUGUAUUCUUUCUGAAACGCAGCAUGGAAAACAUUAAACUUCAAACUGAAAACUUCAA